AAGAAAAUCAAGCUAGGCUAGGUUUAACUAAGGGAAGGAAAUGUUAACGUAACAAAAUUGAUAACAUUUGAAGGCUUUGUUCUGUUAACUUCAAAAUUUCUGUAAAAUGUGAAUGUAACAAAAUUUUAAUAUAUAUUGGAUAUCUAUUUAUACUUAUAUAUAUACACCACACAAAUAAAAAUGGACUCUGAAGAAGAUAUUCCAUAUGAUACUGACUCUGGAAAUGAAUCCAAUGGCUUGGAUGAUUGUGAAAUUGAUGGUUUGUCAUCAGGAAUUGAUAUUGAAUCCACAGCAGCAAAAGGAAAAAUGGAAAUUGAAGAAGAGGAAUUUCACUAUGAAGUUUUUUCAACAGAAGAAGUUGUCCAACAUAUGAUUGAUUGCAUUAAAGAAGUGAACACAAUUGUUCAGAUUCCCCCAACUGUCACCAGGAUACUUCUGAACUAUUUUAAUUGGGAUAAAGAAAAGCUGUAUGAAAGGUAUUAUGAUGGUGACCAGGAGCGACUUUUUAAGGAAGCUCACAUUGUUAGUCCCUACAAAAGACCAGCAAAGAAAUCAUACAAGCAAAUAGCCACCAGGUCAGGUGUGGUAAUGACAGAAGAAUGUGAAAUUUGUUUACGAGAACUGCCUGUGAUGAUGAUGACAGGACUAGCAUGUGGUCAUCGAUUCUGCUCUGAAUGUUGGUCACAGUACCUUACGACUAAAAUCAUGGAAGAAGGAAUGGGACAGACUAUAUCCUGUGCUGCUCAUGGUUGUGAUAUUCUGGUUGAUGAUCAGACAGUCAUGACCCUAAUUACUGAUCCAAAAGUGAAAUUAAAAUACCAGCAUCUAAUAACAAACAGUUUUGUGCAGUGUAACAGGCUUUUGAGAUGGUGUCCAGCCCCAGAUUGCAACCAUGUUGUGAAAGUUCAGUUUGUUGACGUUCAACCUGUGACUUGCACCUGUGGGAAUACUUUCUGUUUCCAUUGCGGAGAAAACUGGCAUGAUCCAGUUAGGUGUCAUUUGUUGAAAAAAUGGCAGAAGAAAUGUGAUGAUGACAGUGAAACUUCCAACUGGAUAGCUGCCAAUACCAAGGAAUGUCCCAAGUGUAAUGUCACUAUAGAAAAAGAUGGAGGUUGUAAUCACAUGAUUUGUAAGAAUCAAAACUGUAAGGCAGACUUUUGUUGGGUCUGUCUUGGACCCUGGGAGCCGCAUGGAUCAUCAUGGUACAACUGUAACCGAUAUGAUGAAAAGGAGGCCAAAGCCGCAAGAGAUGCCCAGGAAAAGUCAAGAGCAGCACUGCAGAGGUAUCUCUUCUACUGUAAUCGUUACAUGAACCACAUGCAGUCACUUAAGUUUGAAAACAAGCUCUAUGCAUCAGUGAAAGAAAAGAUGGAAGAGAUGCAACAACACAAUAUGUCUUGGAUCGAAGUCCAGUUUCUCAAGAAAGCUGUAGACAUCUUAUGCCAGUGUCGACAGACAUUAAUGUAUACUUAUGUCUUUGCAUAUUACUUGAAGAAAACCAACCAGUCAGUAAUAUUUGAAGAUAAUCAGAGAGAUCUGGAGAGUGCUACAGAAAAACUGUCUGAAUACUUGGAGAGAGAGAUAACUCAGGAAAACCUGCUUGAUAUCAAACAGAAAGUCCAAGAUAAGUAUAGGUAUUGUGAAAUUAGAAGAAAGUUGCUUCUAGAACAUGUACACGAAGGAUAUGAGAAAGACUGGUGGCUGUAUUGUGAUUAGUGCUGGUAGUAAUUUUGUUGCUUUCUGAUAAAGAAUAGGUGUUACCCUUGACAACAACGAUUGACCAAGUUUCUUGCUUGGAGAGGAUGUGGGUUAAAUAACCCUGCAGCUUCUGAAUUUUAGACAAAUCUGAAAAGAAAAAAAACCUUGGAAGAAUCAUGUUGAACCCUCUAAAUAUCAGAACAGUAGAGUUACUUGUUGUAUGAUUUAUUAAAGCACACAGAUUUGUAAUUUAAAAUUACAACUUAAGAAAAUUUUUCCUGCAAGUUCAUAAUUCGUCCUACUUUAUUUUCUUUACGCUUCUGUUGCCAAAUUUGUUUUCACAAAACUUUCAGGAAAAAUAGGUAUAAUAUUCAUUGAGUCUUUAUCAACUUAACAGGUUUAUUUUCUAGGUAUUACAAUGCUGUUAAAACUAUGAAUGUUUUGGUAGAUUCUCAUACACCAUAGUACUUUUUAAGAAUUAUACAAAAUACAAAUUAUCUUAUCCUAAAAAAAAUUAAUGUGACUAAGAUAUGUGUGUGUGUGUGUGUAUAUUAUAUGGUAUCAAAUAAUAACUAUACAGUAAUUUGUGGGAUUUAAAGAAGUUAAGGUCAGAGAAAGAAAUAUAUUGUAUGUUUCAAGCUGAAUCUGCUUCCAUGUACAGAAGUUUUUGUGUAAAUCUCUUCAAAUAAAAUAUUGCAGUUAUUAAUGAACAGGUAAGGAGCUGUUUGUGUGUAACUCAGAAUCAGACUUUUGUUUUCAUUUAAUUAGAAUACAGUUAAAGCUAAUUGAUAUGCAGAACUAUUCUAAAGUUACUAGGUGUUUAGAAAAAGAUAUUAGGAAAAAUCAGCUGAUAUAGGUCAUGUAGCACAAAUUGUAUGAACUAACUACAAACUAGACUUAUCAAGUUCAAGUCAAAGAAAAAUAACUUUAACCAGAAAUUAUAAAUAAAUAUUUAACUUACAAGGCUUUGAAUUAAAUAUGAAAUUCCAUAAAUACUCUAAAUAUAAUGAGUAAGAAAAAAAAAAUAGUAAUAAGUGACAGCUGUAUGUAAAAUAUUUGAUAUAUAUAUAUAUACAUAUAUUACCAGGUGAGAACUGUAACCCACGAAUAAAGUGUGGUUGGAAUAUACUAUAUUAUCAUCUAAUUCUUGAGAAUCCCUAAUGGACAAGAUUAAGAAUGUAGUAUUAAAUAUAUAAUAUGCCUGAAAUGAUAUAUUAUGACAAGUAUAAUUAAUUAUAAUCAUGUUUUUGUCGCCCUUGUAAAGGGCGUUCACACCAUAACUUCCAGUUUUUACACAAAUGCAACACAAGUUUUAUUUUAAGGCAGUCAUUUGUACUUCCUUUAUUUUCCAAAAUAUUGUUUUAAAUAAAAUCAACAAGAUACCUUUCGUCUGUACUGGUUUUUGUCUGGCUGUUACAAGAGGUGUAAAAUUCGCCAUUUUUUAUGAUACAAGUGAAAAUAAGUACUUGUACAAUGCAACUGUUAUAAAACCUAAUGAAGAAAUCGUU